CUCUCUUUUUGUCGGGGGCGUGUCUGGGCGCGUUCACGGGCUGCCGCUCUUCCUGAUGAGGAAAAUGGUUGAAAAAUAAUAAGAGGAAAAACUAAAGGAGAAGAAAAAGAAGAAAAGGAAGAAGAAAGAGAAGAAGAAGAGUGAGAGAGUGAGCCUGGAGGAGGAGAGAGAGAGAGAGAGAGAGAGGAAGAGUUUGUUCAUGAAGUCAUCAGGUGAGAGAGAAAUCAAACUGCGCCACAACUGAUUCAGCUGGACGACAGACACACACACACACACACACACACACCUCUCUCUGUCUGUGUCUCUGUCUGUGUCUCUGUCUGUGUCUGUGUCUGAGCUGGUCCUCCAGGUGUGUUCCGCUCUGUUCUUUCCUGAGUUCUCAGUUUGUUUAAAUUCAGUCCCUGAGGUCAGACUGACUCACAGAUCCAUCAUCAGUCUGUAAAACAGUUUUAAUAAUAAACAGCUAUUUAUUAUUAUUAUUAUUAUUAUUAUUAUUAUUGUUGUUGUUGUUGUUGUGAUAAUAAUAAUUUAUUAUUAUUAUUAUUGUCACAUUGAUAUAUUGAACCUCCUGAUGUAAACAGACUGAAGCUCAGGGUUUAUAUUUAUUUAUCUGUAUUUUCUCCUGUUAAUCCUGAACUCUGACAACAACAUUAAAUACACAAACAGAGAGGAGGAGUGUGUGUGUGUGUGUGUGUGUGUGUGUGUGUGUUCACUCAGAAACAUGUAAUUCAAGAGAAUCAGAAACUGUAGAAAUACAGACAGAGACACGAGUUUCUGACUCUGAACUGAAGAGAGAGUCAGGAGGAGGUACAGGUGUUACAGAUUUUUAUUAUUAUUGUUAUUAUUAUUAUCAAUGUUAUUAUUAUUAUCUAUCAUCAUUUAUUAUUAUUAUGAUAAUUUACAUUUUUAUUCUUAAUCUUGUUUUAUUAUUUGUCAUUAUUAUUGUUUAUUAUUAUUUAUUUUUUUGUUAUUUUUAUUUAUUAUUAUUAUUGUUAUUAAUAUUAUUAAUCAACAUAGUGUUAUUAUUUUAUUGAUCAUUAUUAUUAAUAUGAUUUAUUAUUCAUAUUGUUAAUUAUCUCUGAUUGACAGCUGUAAACACCAAUCACAGAGUGACUCAGAUCAUUGUUAUCAGUCUCGUUCUCCGUCAGCUCUCCCGUCAUUACAUCAUUUCCUGUUCCUGUCUGUCCCAGUGUCCUCCUCAUGUUGAACCCUCGCCCCGGGGGGCCGUCUCCCAUCAUGCCUGUCGACGUGGCGAUGAGGAUCUGCCUCGCCAGCUCUCCUCCUCUGCACACAUUGCUCAGUAACUAUGACAACGCCCUGCUGCGGCAAUCUGAGCCGCUACGACCGUGUCUGUCCUCCGGUCGCUGUAACGACACCUUCAGAAACAACGUCACCACGGCAACCACACCCUCUAUGGCCAUAAACGCAGAUGAGGACAGCAGCGCGGCGUGGGCGAGGAAGAAGACGAAAAAGAACGUGGUGUUUGCAGACUCUCGCGGCCUCGCACUCACCGCCGUCUACGUCUUCAACGAGUCCGAGGACGACCUGCUGACUGACCUGCAGUUCCACCUGAGUGAGAUAGAGGACGCCGCCGCCAGACUUCACCUGGGAGACGACUCAGGUAAUCCAACAACAAAACGAAAAUUAGAGAUUAAAUCUGAGUUUCCACCAAACUGAUCAAUCAUUCAAUAUCAAUAUCAUCUGUAUUGGUAAUUUAUAUAAUCCAUGUUAACAAUCUGAUUUAAUCUUCAACCAUAAUCUGUAAUAAAUGAAUAUAAUUUAUAACCUCUUUGAUCAUAAUCUAAUGUAAUCUGAUAUUUCACUGUCAUAAUCUGACACAAACUCAUCAACCCUUCAAUCCUAAUGCAUUAGAUUUAAUCCAGAAUAAAUCUAUAAUCAUAAUCUGAAUUAAUCUGAAAUCAUAAUGACAUGAUAGAGGAGAAUAUCCACCAUAUAAUCCUAUUUCAUUUUAAUCUGUAAUCUGAGACAGUCUUCUGUAAUCUGAUAUCGCUCAAUCCUACAUCAACAGAAUCAAACUGUUAUUAUUAUUAAUAUUUAUGUUAUGACUUUAGAGUUUUAAUAAUCUGAUCUAAUCAUUAUCUAUCAUUUAUAAUCUGUAAUCAAAAAUCUAUUAUCUAUCACCAAUAAUCUAUAAUCAAUAAUCUAUAAUCAAUAAUCUAUAAUCAAUAAUCUAUAAUCAAUAAUCUAUAAUCCAAUAAUCUAUAAUCGAUCCUUAGACCGGUUUUUGCUCUGUCCCCUCUUCAGGGCCCUCAGAUCCAGGUUCUGUUCUGGUUCUGGACUUCACUCAGCCGGACUAUCUGGACCUGAGGACCCGCCUGAAGACCCAGCAAGUCUGUCUGGAGACCUGUUCGGUCCAGGACCGCCUCCUCUCAGGGACGGUCCAGGUCCAGAACCUCUGCUUCCACAAGUCUGUUUGGAUCCGGAUCACCUUUGACUCGUGGCGGUCCUUCCAGGACCUACCGUGUCGGUACCUGAACACGGUCUAUGCUGGUCCUGAUACCGACACCUUCUCCUUCUCAGUCCUGGUCCCAGAGUCCAUCCAGACCUCCAACAGGGUCGAGUUCUGCAUCCAGUUCCAGACUCCAGACCGGACCUUCUGGGACAACAACCAGGGGAACAACUACCGGCUGGUCCUGCUGGACCCGAACUCGGGGACCCGGGGAACGGGACUGGAGAUCCAGGGGGACCAGAAGAAAGAGGGUCUGGACUUUGACCCGUUUGGAAGUCCCAGAACCUCAGCGGGGGUCUUUCCUGAGUGGCAGAGCUGGGUCCGAGUUGAGACCAGAACCCCCUACUGGUGAGACCAGCAUGGACCAGAGACUCAGUCCCCCCCCCCCACAAAGUGUCCUCCAGAGUUCUCCUGAACCCCCCAGACCCUAACACCAAAGUCCAAAGACCAGAAUCCCCCAGAGUCCUGUACACUGGUCCUGAUUCUGGUUCUGAGCCCAGACCUGAUUCUAACCCCCCGAGUCUGGACUCAGCUGGACCCCAGGAGGGUCUGAGGGUCCGCUUUAAAAACCGCUGAGUUUGCACUUUUCAGAUAUGCAAGAAGAACCUGAACCGGGUCCUCAUGGAUCUGGACCAGAACUCACCUCACUGACAAAGAACUGGUCUUUCAGGACCCCCCAAAGACCCCUCAGUGAGUCCAGACUCGGCACAGGUCUGGUCCUGAUCCAAGUUCUCAAACACCAGCAUGAAGAUCCUGAAACCGGGUCAGCGAUCCAGAACCAGGGAUCUGGUUUAAAACCCCAUCCCCCAGACUCUGGGUUCAGGUCCAACCUCAGUCCUAGUCCAUGUUCAUUGCCUUUAGGGGUCCUUAAAGUCCUGAUCUGAUCCCAGAACCCUGUUGGAUCUUUAGCAGACCCAGAUCCAGAUGUCUAGUCUUCCUGCACCUUAAAGUGGACCCCCAGGGACCAGGAUCUCAGUCCUGAUACCAGAGAGGUCUUUGGUUCCUUUUUGGGUCCAAACGUUUGCACCUUAAACUCGAACCCGAGUCUAAACCAGAGGCCCGGUCUACAGACCCGGUCUGCACUUAAGUCUGGAGACGUCCUCCUGUGGUCCCAGGUGGACCCUCUCAGACCUCUUCAUGUCCCUCUUUAGUCUUGAUCUUGAAGUUUUUACCAGGACCAACACCAGAAGACCAAAGUCCAGACCGUCUUCCUCCAAAGUCUGGACCGUCUGUAGACCUGCUGGAGGUCUCUGGAUCUCUGGAGCUCCAGGUCUCGGUCCCUCAGGCAUUAAGACCUCUUCCUGUGUCCUUGUGGUUUUGGUUCCAGCUGUGGGUCCUGGACCUGACCCGUUGGUUGUUUGUAGUUCUGUCUGACUCCUCCCCUUCUUGAUGAUCUCCUCUCUGAUUGGUCCACAUGGUCUCAGCUAAGAUUGAUGCGCUCUGAUUGGCUCUUCAUGUUUGUUUUCAUCUGUUGCCAUGGUAACGGGUAUUCCAAACGUAUCUAUGCAGUCCCUAACCCUAGCCUUGUUGUCAUGGUAACUGCUGUGGGGCUGUAGGCGGACCAGUCCUGAGUGGCCCCGCCCUUUUUCAGCUAUUUAUCCCAUUAACUUUUUUACCUGACGCCCAUAGCUCCACCCACCAAAACUAAGCUCCACCCAUCACCAGCCACCUUUAAGCCCCGCCCACUCCACCCGACUGCCUUGUUUUUGGAAUCACAGCUGCAGUGCAUUAUGGGUACCUGCAGGUGGUGUGUAUCUGUUUGUUCUCACCUGUCGUGUUUGACCCUUGACCUACACUCACUGUCUCACUUCCUGUCUCACUUCCUGUUUGCCCUUUCAAAUUAAGAGCUUUUUUUAGCUGAGAAACACUUUCAGUGUGUGUGUGUGCAUGUGUGUUUGUGUGCGUGUGUGUUCAGAAGGAUUCUGGGAGUUGUAGUUCAGGUGUUUGUGAACGUCUCCCACCUCAUGUCCGUGUUUCUGUAAACACACCUGUAGCCAUGACAACGGUAACCAGGAGCCCCGCCUCCCUUAGCAUUAACGCUAACAGCUAGCAGGUUUUCAGGUUGUCAGUUUGUCAUCAGUUUAGUAAAGGUCAAAGGUCAUUUUUUGUAAAACCUGUUUUUUUCCUGACGUGACUUGAACACCUGAGCUGAGGUUAGCCACGCCCCUUUUUAGCUGAACUGAAAUAAAGAUAAGCUAACGAACAAGCUAACUGCUAGCAUUAGCACAAAACUGUAGCAAACAAUGAUGUCAUGAUUUAACAGGAAGUGAUGUCACAGAGAAGUGAACGUCUGUUCCUUUUAUGUCUGCCCUUUCAAAAUAAAAGUCUUUUAUAAAGCAUAAAAACGUGUUUUUUAAUUCAGAGUCACUUAAAGAACGAAGAGAGAGACGGACGUGUUUGAGUUUAACGAGGUUCACGUCAGGAUCAAUGACAGAUGAUUGAACAUGAAGGAGAUGAUCAGAUGUUUGAUUGGUUUUUGAUCGAUGAGUCAGUGACACAAAGUGAGUGAAGAAGAUCAGCUGACUGUGUGUCCGUCUGAAAACUCAAAGAGAGAGAGAGGAGGUCACACAAAACACACAACCACAGAAACACACCGAGCUCCACUCAGGUGACCCUCGGAGAGACGGACGGUGAGCUGGAGCCUGUUCUACGACGUGGGUUCACUUCUUAGCGAGGCGAGUCUCCAUGGCAACAAAUGCUGAACGGCUGACCUGCUCCAGGGCAGGUUAAGUUCCAGAUUGAACUCAUGAGUAUAAAAGCCCCGCCCACUGACCAAUGAGCUCUCUGGAAAAACGGCGUGUCCGUUCUUGGAGGAUCCUGUAGACCUCGGUGCUCGCCUUGUCCGAGGAGGAGCACUCCGGCGAGCGAGAGUUUUCAGAGACCGCACAGACCCACUUCCUCCUCCGGAUGACCUCCUUUAUGAAAGGCUAAUAUGGCCGACACACAAAACAUGUGACCACGAUAGGAAUGAACACAUGAAUGAAUUCAUCCUGGAAAUGAAUCAGACAUGUCUGCUCGCCGUAGUUAAAGCGCGUGUUGAACAGCGCUGUUUCAGGGUGAUGACCACAUCAAAGAUUUUUGGCGCUCUAUACUUCCACAUUGACUGUCGGCCAUUUUCUGCCAGCGUUCCCUCCGGUCUUCUGCGGCGGUGACGGUGACGGUGACGGCGUUGUUUUUGAGGUUUAUGACAGAUUUGAAUUCUUCAGACUUUCUCAUGAUCGUCUCCUGCUCCUCGUUUGUAAAGUCUGCGGUCCUUCACUCUCCGGCCUGCUCUGACGCUCCAGACCGGUCCAUGUUCACGAUUGGUCAGAUGUGGCGGGCUCCGCCUUACAUGCGUGCACGCGCUCAUAGCAAAGCUGGAUCCUCUUACGAGGUUGAUAACCGGCGUCGUAAGACUGUUUAGUGAGACCGCUGGCUACCGCAAACAUGCUUCGUAGAACAGGCGCCUGGUGACCACACACACACACACACACACACACACACACACACACACACACACUCUGGUGUCUGCUGCCGUCCUAUUGGCUAACCCUGACCUCUGAUAUAAUGAUGUGAUUAUUGAUCACACAGACAAGCUCUUUAGAGGCGGGACCAGAGCUGAGGGGGGGGGGUCUGUCUGUGGCUCGGGGACAUACAGCCUCAGUCUGAGGGUCAGAGGUCACAGAUGAACGGUCCAAUCACAGGCUGGGAGGCAGGAAGAGGUCGGGUUAGAGUCUGAGUCAGCAGAAACUCAACAGAAGAAAUAAAAAAAAUCAUGUUUAGAAAAAUCAGAGAAACUGAGUUUAAGAGAAACAGACACACAAACACGUGACUGACACACAAACAGACACACACACAGACACACACAAACACGUGACUGACACACACACAGACACACACAGACACACAGACAGACACACACACACACAGACAUUAACACUGAGAGAUACACACAGACAAAUACACAGUCUGUGUGUGAGAGAGAGAACAUCAUGUGUCUGUCAGUUUCCAUUCACAGAUUAUAGUUACAUAACACACAAACACACACACAAACACACACAAACACACACACAGACACACACUCACACUCACACAGACACACACACAGAUUAAAUCAGCUGUUCUCUGUAAUCCUCUGCUGAUGACCUCAUCGUGGGUCAGCUGACUUUGUCUUCCUGUUUCUGUGAUGACAUCAUCACAGGUGUGUUUACCUGAUGCUGUGACCCUGAGGUCGUCAGUAGGAGGAGCUGACCUUUGACCUCAGGCUCACAGCAUCAACCUCUGCCAGCUGUUCAGUGUGUGUGUGUGUGUGUGUGUGUGUGUGUGUGUGUGUGUGUGUGUUUGUGUGAGUGUGUGUGUUUGUGUAUGUUUGUGUGUGUGUGUGUGUGUGUGUGUAUCAACCUCAGUGAGUUUUAGCUCCGCCCCCC